AUGAGCUCAGAAUUAGGUCAGAAAAAGGCAAAGAGAAGGCUGGAGCUGGAAGCCGGUGACCCCCAGGAACUUCAGGAUGGUGGCAAGACCGCCAAAGCCAAGAAGCCCUCUCUGUCCCACACAGGAGGAAAGACUUCCGCCCCCAAUUCCAUAGCGCGUAAGUCCCUGUUCGAGAGGUCGCGCUAUGACACCUCGCUCGGGUUCUUGACGCAGAGGUUUGCGGAACUGCUUAGCCGAUCUGCUAACGGGGUGUUGGACCUAAACGUAGCGGCCCAGGAGCUCAAUGCUCCCAAGAGACGCGUCUACGAUGUCACUAAUGUCCUGGAGGGGAUCCAGCUCAUCAAAAAGAAGUCUAAAAACUACAUUGAGUGGUUGGGUGGUCAAAUUAAUGUACCCGGAGAUCAAGAGCUAACAGCUCUCAUAGAAGAGGAGAGGAAGCUGGAUGAGUUGAUCCAAAGUUGUAAGUGGCAGGUUCACCAGAUGUGUGAAGACCGCCACAGUCGCAGAUUUGCCUAUUUGACCUACGAGGAUGUUCAAACAAUUCCCAGCUUGAAAGAACAGACUGUGAUUGUGAUCAAAGCCCCAGCAGAGACGAAACUGGAGGUGCCACACCCAGGAGAGAGCCUCCAGGUCCACCUCAGCAGCACUCAGGGGCCAAUUGAGGUGUUCCUCUGCUCUGAUGACCCCAUCCCUAUGGAGGCCACAGAUGGCUCUGUGGCCAAUGACAGCCAGUCUAAUUCGUCCACCAAUGGGAACAACUCUGUAUCCCCCUCGUUUGUCCAAGUGUCUUCCAAAGACUAUGCUAACCAUACUUCGGAUGUAAAUAGUAUCUCCAGUCCGCUUUCCCAGCUGACACAACACUCAUCACCGGUUACUGUCACCCCUGUGUCUCCCCUGCCCACCUCCCUCCAAUCCCCCUCUGAAGACCAGCAGAGCUUUGUUACCCUCACUCCACCUCUGGCCUUUUCUCUUGAUGGAGAAGAGUACGUCCUGAGCUUGGCUGAGGAUGAGGGCAUCACUGACCUCUUCUCCUCUGUUGACCUUGGCCAUUUGCCCAUGGACAUGCCCCUUCUCUGAAAAGGUGUUUCGGAAAUUCAGCCAUUUUGGAGGCAAUGACCAUCGUGACGCAAAUGGAUACAUUGGAUAUUUUAUAAUACAGACAUUUUUUUAUAUUUGCAUUUGCCUAUCCUGGAAGAUGUGACUGGGAUUUACUGACGCUCAGGUAUGUGGAGGACGUUGUUACCUAGAAGCAUCACUUAGUAGGGUUAUUGGAAUUGCUAUUUUGAAAGAGAUCUUGUCAGAGCUUUAAGGUGUUACAUGUCUGGAAGUCCUUGUGGGAUUAAGUGUCCUUCUCCAAAGUCCGUGUCUCAACACAGGACUUAUUCUUGACCCAACAGUGUUGUGUCAGUAAUGUCACAACAUCCUCUGGUAAUGGUCUGGAAAGAUGAAAUGGAUUAUUUUUUUAUUGUAAUCAUAAAGGAACCAUCACGACAGAGCCUGAAGAUUUAUGCUCAUUUAGCAUUUAGAUGUAUUCGAUGUUCCCUGCAUUAAAAGCUGGUUCAAAGUCGUCCUUGACACUGUUCUGCUUGUGUUGUGCUUACGGGAACUGGUACAACAGCGGAUGAUGUAAUGCUGUGUCUUAGUUUCCUUGCGUCAUUGAAGAUAUGAAUAUUGGAUAAAGUUUAUACCUCGUUACAGAGGGUGAGUUAUCACCUUGCAAAGAUAUGCAAAAACCGAAAUGUCUUGUUGCUGCUGCUACUUACAGCUCAUAAAUCAGUCUGUCAGAAUCCAGGCUUUGCGCCACAUAUAGUUUUCUCAAGGCUCUAGAGACAUUUACUAGAAGUUUAGUUUUAUAUAUUAUAUGAAGUGUUGACUCUGUGGUGGCCCUUAAGGACAAAACCCGUAAAAAAGCGAAAGGAGAUGCGCUCAGAAUCCAUUAAUGCUACGACAUGUAAAAUGCAUACAAAAUUGAAAACACAAACAUUAAAAGAAAAGCAACAAAUACCAAAACAUACAUAAAAUAAAUCACAAACAUUCGGGGAAAUGCACCCAAAACAAGAAACAGCUGCAAGUAACAAACUGCAUACAAAAGGAAAAAUACUACAAAAAAAACUUAAUGUGUUUUCACUUUUGUAUGUGUUUUAGUAUUUGUAGUUUUUUUUUAUUUGGAGGGCAUUUUUUUAAUGUUUGUGCUUUUGCUUUUGUAUGUGUUUUGUCCUUAAGGGCCACCAUAUGAUUCAUGAAUGUCCCCAUAGUUCUACAUUUUACCAUUCUAAUCUCUAAAUUGAUAGCAGUGCUUUAUCUAAAAUAUUGUGGCAAUACUCCAUUAUAUAAUUAGAAAAAAAGAAGAGAUGCCAAACAUCUCAGAAAGUAAUCUGCUCAGGUACGAACACGCUGUCUUCUGACUCUUUAAUGCUGCUCGGAAGCAGCAUAAAAAUGUCAAGUGAUGAUACACUGAACUUCUGAAAAUGUUGACUUGCCUUUUCUCUGCAGUACUGCUAAACUGUUACAAAUAUACAAACAUCAUUCUCAGAGAACUGUUAAACUAUGGCAGUCUUUGUGAGGUGAGCACAGCUGUGACGGUGUCAAAUUAGUUAGGUGUAAUAUUGAGGACAUGUGUUGUGAACAUGUACUUUGUCAUCAGAAUUGGAGGAUGUAAUGACUCAUGUUUGUAAAUUGACCAACAUGAUUUUAUAUAUGUUAACUUCCAUGUUCAGCUAAGCAGUUGAAAUGAGUACCGAAGAUUGAGUGACAGUCAGUGUUUAGGAAACUACUGUAAAGCUGAGGGGGGAAAAAAAGCUCUUAUCUUUGAAUUAAUACCAGUCACAACUCUCUGUCACUCAUUCCUCCUCAAAACCAAAUGAAGACAGCACCAGGUCUAAAAUGCUAGCCUUACACAUGAGUAUUUCUGCCAUGUUUGCCCUCCUCAGUAAUUAUUAUCGACCAUGGCCAUGAACAGCUAACAGCUGUUGAAACCAUUGCUUCAUCUACCCCAGUAUGGUAUUAGGCCACAAAUAACUGAACAGGUUGAGAGAAAAGGUCCAUAAUGUCUUGAAGAGAUAGGUAAGUUAUGAAUAUGCAUAACUCUGAAGUACUGGGGUAACAUUAUUUUCAAAACUAAUGCAUAAAAACUGUGAGCAUUCUUAAAAAUGUGAAACCAAUUAGGUACCAGAUUCAUACUUACUUGACUUCCUCUUGGUCUAAGUAUUGUAGUUCUGUGUAUCUAAAUGGAUGUGGCUUUGCUCCAAAUUUGUGCCUUAUGCACCUUUUCCACUUAGAAGAUCCUGAGGGCUAAAUGGCUUCUGUGUAACUUAUCUCCUUGGUUCUGCUGAAAGUAAGUACUGAGUAUCAAACUGCAAUACCAGGAGGCUUGCCAUGGUCUCGUGAACUCAGACAUAUUCACUCACUGUUACUCAUUUUGUCCUUUGGUCUGUCACUGGUACUUUGAAAUUCCCAUAAAGCUAGGAUUUUCACUACUCUCGUAUUGCAGUAUUAAUGCAGUAUUUGAUCAUACUGCAUUGAUCUGUAAGGCUGCAAUACUCUACGUCUUAGACCAGUCACCACUCGGUCCCUGUUUAUCUUUCUGAGAUAUGGACAUCCUUGUUCAUUAAGCUAGUUGUGUUCUUCAGUCUACUCUAAAGGCCUUACAGCUCUGUGUGAUGAGAUCUUUGAACAAUACUGUAAGUGGAAAACAUCUAGGAAGAUACGCGUGUGGUAAAGUUUAUCCAGCAUUGUUUUCAUCAGAUGUGAUUAACUGACGUACAGUACCAGUCAAAAGUCCGGACACACUCUCUCAUUCAAGGGAACAGGAAGUUGUGUCCAAACUUUUGACUACUACUGCAAUACAAGGGUGUGGGGUUACUUUGCUUUGUUUUUUUUUUUAAUAGUUUACUUGCAAAAAUGUUCAAUGUUGUGACAAAUGUCCAUCAAAACUUCAGAAAUGUCUUACUUAAUAUGGUAAGAAAAAAAUAAAUCCACCAAACAAGAA